ACCCCAGCACAAGUGGUGCUACGAUGGGCGACACAACAAGGAAUACUUGUCAUACCAAAAUCGGUUUCAGAGGGUAAAUCUUACUGCGUGACGACAAUAGCUAUACAAGCUGUUAUAGAAAGAAUCUCACAAAACGCUGAUCUGUUUGACUUUGAGUUGACCGACGAUGAGAUGAAGGAAAUGGAGAGCCUUGAAUGUGGAUACCGAGUCGUCAAGCUGAGCAAGAGUGAGCGCAAACAUCCUCAAUGUCCAUUCCCCGAAGGAUAA